AUGAGCCGAAGGGCAAGAACGAUAGGGGAGCUGACAAGAACAAGGGCAAGAAGAAGACAGCGUUCGUGGACGGCGAUCGACUCAAAGUUCUAG